CGCCUCACAUCACAUGCACAUGUGCUAGCAGGUUGCGCGACCUCAAGCUUCUUCCUCCACCGCACAGUACUGGUUACUGACCCCAUAGGCCCGGAUUGUGCUAGAAAACGUUCGUUGAUCGGUACCAGCAAUUGACCCUGGGUAAAUACAUUGCGUCGCCUACCGACCUGCUGCAUGUGCCAUUGCUCCACGGCGGACGAGCUGAGACAAAAACUUCAACACACACUGAGAUGGCGGUAACAGGCAAUUCAGGCGCCGACAGAGCACGCGGUCUGCUCAAUGGAAUUCCCGAUCGCUUUCAAGAGUUCUGCAAGAUGGAUCAGCUCACCUUCGUCGACUUGGCGGACUGGCUCGUGGAGCACGCCGACCGGAGAGACCCCAUCCCCAAGGAGAUCAGCGUAGAGGAGUGCAUGUUUGUUUUCCUCGAUAUCGCAGCGCAAGGGAGCAGUUUUCGGAUGGCGUCCUACAACUGGGACCACGACGUCAAGCUCACGCAACUCAUAUUCCUGAACAUGCUUGAAGAGCUCUGCAAGCUGCGUGAGAAAGAGCUGUGGUCCCCAGCGUGUCCAGACUUCAAACAGAGCCGGAAUCGAUGGCGAGUGCUCCGCGGAUCUCGCGCUGGCAAGUCGAGAAUGGACGGGCUCAUCAAGAUCGGCGAUGACCGCGAAACGGGCGACGGCCUCGAAGUCAACCAGGAGGACCUCAUCUCUGCGCUGACAGCGAUCAACAACUUCAUUUACGAGCACCACGAGUUCUACUCCUAGGGACGGGACCGAGGGCCGGAACUUUUAUGAGACACGGGCGUUAUGGUAUGGGGGGAUUUUGCAUAGGCCAGGAGCAUUGCCAACGGAUAUGGCUGGGUUGGGUAUUUUUCCGAGGGUGUUUCGGUGUUGUUGGGGUUGACUUCGUAACUGACCCGAAGAUGGUCACCGCUAGCGUCACCGAACCAGCGGUUGGAGUUUCGGUUGUAUCGUAUCGUAUUCUUUCGAUAUUCGCACUGUCUGUAUUUCGAAGAAUUGUUCAGACCGAGGUAACCAUC